AUGGAAAAGCUUUUGCAGAUAGGGAAAGAAUUCGGAUUGGAGGGAGAAAAGCUGCUCGAGUUUGUAGAAAAACAACAAAAGUUAAAAGAAGAAAGAAGGAGGGAAGAAGAAGAAAAAGAAGAAAAACGUCGAAAACUUGAGGAAGAAAGAAGGAGGGAGGAGGAAGAGAAAAAAGAAAAACGUAGACAAUUGGAAGAGGAAAAAGAAGAAAAGCGUAGAUUGUUAGAAGAACAAAAAGAGGAGAAACGUCGAUUACUUAAAGAAGAUAGGAGAAGAGAAGACGAAGAAAGAGAAACUAGGCGGGAAGAACGCGAACUGAGAAAAUGAGAGCUGGAAGCAGACCUGUUGAAACACGGAGAGGCUAUUGAAGCCGCUAAGAGAGAGUAUGAACUAGAGCUCGCUCGUCUAGCACAAGGCCGUAACGAUACCGAACGUGCUGAAGUGAGAGAGGAUAGGGCCAAGGCACCCAAGCUUCCCUCAUUUGUUGAUGGCAAGGACGACUUGGAUGCUUACCUACAACGAUUUGAGAGAUUCGCAACUACAGUUAAGUGGGAGAAGACAGGAUGGGCUUCGAAACUUAGUGCUCUUUUGUCUGGACGUGCCCUAGAGGUUUAUCGCGAUUAUCUGAGGAAGCAGCCCAUGAUUAUGACCGAGUGA